AUGGUCAUCGGCAGCUGCUGCAUUUUCGACGAGGCAUCAAGUCAGUACUUCGCAGCAGCAACAGCAGCAGCAGCAACAGCAGCAGCAGCAACUGCUGCCACAGCAGCAGCAGCAGCAACUGCAGCAGCAGCAACUGGCAGCUCUUCCCCUUUGUGCCAUUUGUCCACGGUGUGUGGGGUGGAGGCCCUGGGGGCCGGCAGCUCCGUAGUACCCAACUGCGAGGUCACCUCGGGGGCCCCCCCUGUGGGGCCCCAAGAAGUAGUUUGGGGCCUCGCCAACAGAUCUUUUGACCCCAACGCAAUUGUGAGACAGGCCCAGACGCUGGCGACGGACCUGCCUUACCUGCAGCAGCAGCUGCAGCAAUCCUAG